AUUUUAUUUCUUUCUCUUCUAAUUAGUUAUUGUUAUUUGUACAUGAAAUUAAUUUGUUAAAUGUCUUGUUUCACAGAUGACUGGUAAGGGGAAGCCACUUUUUCGAACUGUUGCUGCAGCAGCCGAUUUGGAGGCAGAGCAACAAGGGGAGCGGAUGACUGCACCGACACGAAGUAAGAGAGCUGCUGUAGUUGGGAUAUCGGGUGGUCAUGCCGAUAACGGGCCUUCCCAUGCCCCAAUUCAUGAUUAUGCUGAGGUGGAGGAGACGAUCGAGCCCGCCGCGGAGAUCGAGGUUGUUGUACCUCGUAGAGGUCGUGGUGGUCGUGGCCGUGUGCAGGCGAAUCCUGAUUUGUUAAAUGGUCCUUACCCAGGCGGCCCAGAGAUUCACACGUUGAUACCUAGUUUCAAGUCGCACAUAGCGGCAUACAUUUGGAAUGGAGAGGAGCGUCCGGUGGGGCGAGCAGAGUCACGUAUCAACUCCCUGAAGAAGUUUACAUACGACAAUAUUGGGAAAGGCUUGGCGCCCCUCGGCAUAGAUGUGCAAGCAGACAAGGAUUAUUUGCAGAUGACCGGCUUGUUCGACUUACAACACUCGUUCAUAUCGCCCGUCGAUGCCCCGUUGUUGUUCGCGUUCGUUGAGCGGUGGCAACCCGAGACGAACAGCUUCCAUAUGCCGUGGGGAGAAAUGACCAUCACUCUCCAUGACGUCCAGAAGAUAUUGGGUGCUCCAGUGGAGGGACAUGUCGUAUCUUCCAGUUUUGACGAGGAUACGGAACGGGCGCACUGCGUGUAUCUCCUUUCUGAGAUGAUGGACCUCGGUUUGGACGAGGUGGAAGAGGUAUGGAAGAAGGGUGGUCCCACUUGGAGGAUGAUCUAUGAUCAGUUGUUGAUGCCCGGGCAGAGCAUGACUCGUCGGGUUCAGAGCUAUUUAACUUUUCUUAUUGGGGCGACCUUGUUCCCCGAUAAGUCUUGCGAUAGGAUUAAGCCGUGGUAUAUGCGCAUACUCGAUGAGCCCGAGCUUAAGAAUGUCGGGAACUAUUCUUGGGGUUCAGCAUGUCUGGCCUAUCUGUAUAGAGAGUUAGGGAUAUGCAGUCGAGCCAUGUCUAAAGGGUUGUCUGGUUGUACCACGCUUCUCCAGUGUUGGAUAUACGAGUAUUUUCCUUGUUUACGUCCGGAGAAGAGCGUACGACAUCGAGAGCUCUACCCGCAUUGCAGGAGGUGGCAGUUGUCGUCAAAAGCGGGAACAUUACAGCAUGUUCGGGAUAUACUCGACAAUAUGAGCGGGGAGGAUGUUUAUUGGCUUCCGUACGGUCCGGGUGUACACACGAGCAUCCCUCGUACGUUGUAUCAUGGCACGAUCCAGUACAUGUGGAUCGUAGAGCCGUAUAUGCCAGAUCGUGUUUUGCGGCAGUUUGGGUUCGUUCAGACUAUUCCGCGAGGUCUCAUCUCAUCGAUGGAGCCAUGUACUCGCGGUCCGAGAGGUGGUCAAUCAUACAAAGUCACAUACGCGGCGCCUGGUGGCAUGUGGAACAUGCUCGACGAUCAUUCCUUACGGGUUCGACGACUUCAGAAGGCACGACAUCCAUGUGCAGUCGUCGAUGAUUACAUGAAGUGGUACACUCCACGGACGCAUCCGAGAAUCGGGAAGCCGAAUGUAGGCCCGGCUGUAGCACAUAGGGGGUUAAGGCCACCGGACCAGCCGCACUAUUACCAGGUAGUACGUGCCUUGUACCCGAUUGUAGCGCAUCCUGGACCGGACUGGUUGCAACAGUUCAAAGAUAUUCGCACCAGCCUGGCAGAGAUUAUGCGUCCUGCUGCCCGAUAUAUCGGCAUCGAGCACGGUGAGGGCAACAAUGAUGACGAUGAUGAUGGUAGUGAUGAUGAUGUUGGUGGUGAUGACGUGCAGCCGAUGAGGAGAGCGAGGCGACAAGAUUGAUUGUCACUUUUUUUUUUUUUAAUUUAGUAGACUACCACUUUUGAUUUCAUU